AUGCCAAGACCUGGGAAAAACUCUUACAGUGACCAGAAGCCUCCCUAUUCGUACAUCUCCCUCACCGCCAUGGCCAUUCAGAACUCCCAAGACAAGAUGCUGCCUCUGAGCGACAUUUACAAGUUCAUCAUGGACCGCUUCCCCUACUACAGGGACAACACGCAGCGCUGGCAGAACUCCCUACGGCACAAUCUCUCCUUUAACGACUGCUUCAUCAAAAUCCCGCGGCGGCCAGACCAGCCCGGCAAGGGCAGCUUCUGGGCCCUGCACCCGGACUGCGGCGACAUGUUCGAGAACGGCAGUUUCCUGCGCCGCCGUAAGCGCUUCAAGGUGCUGCGCGCCGAGCUGGCGGCGUGCAAGAGCUCGCCCAUGUUGCACUAUUUCCACCACCACCACCUCCAUCAGCAUCUGCAGCCGGGCGGCAAGCCGGGGCAGCAGGAGCCAUCGCCCGGCCGCCUGCCACUGAUGCAUCCGACGCCGACGCACUUCCAAGGCUACGGCAUCGCUUGCGCCCAGUCGGGUGGCUUCAAACACCCGUUCGCCAUCGAGAACAUUAUCAGCCGGGACUACAAAGGCGUCAUGCCUCUCACCUCCGUCAUGCACCACCUGGGCUAUCCGGUCCCCCCUCAGCUGAUGACCUCCGUGUGGCCCCACGUCGGGAUGCUGUCCGAGCCUUUGGCCUCGUCCCGGGAGUACGCGCCCUUCGGGGUCCCGGCAAAAAGCCUGUACCACCACCACCACCACAGUGCCAACGCGCCUGCUGCGCAACCAGCCGUGCCGGUGCCGAUAAAGCCCACCCCGGCUCUUAUGUCACACGGCCUAAGCGGGAUGUGCACCCCGGCCUCCUCCUCCCACCAAGGUGAUGCUCAAGAGGAAAAAGGCAAUCUCCUGCACCCAGCCAUCCAUUUGUCUUAA